ACGCAAUUGCAGGCUUGCAGCACAACAAAACAACAUCACAAUACGUUUUCCCUCUCUCUGCCUCUAUGUCUCUCUCUCUCUACCCUAUUGGUGUGAUUAAAGUCUGAGUCAUUGAGCACAGAAGAACUUUUUCUGCAGUCGUGGGUCUGUUUUCCUCUCUUUAGGAAAUUGAUAAAGGGUUUUCUUUUUUCACAUGGGUCAUCUGAUUUUUGCUGGUUUAGGAUAUAUAGAUGGAGGAUGAUGAUGAAGAAGAAACCUGUGAUCCCUCUCUCUCUCUCUCUCUGUAGAUAUAUGUGGAUAUGUAUAUAAGCGAUUUCAUAUAUGAAUAUAUAAUUAGAGGUAGUUGAUUAUGAUGAUGAAGGACAAGAGAGACAUAAGGCCUGUGUUAUUGAAAUUUGGGGUGGCUUUAGCUCUCUCCCUUGGUGGGAUUCUGUAUUCAAUCCUCAGAACAAAACGGAUUAAACCCUCUCAAUCCCCACCCUCACCGCCCUCUUCAGAUUGCGGUAAUCAAAUUAAUUCUGGAGGGGAAAGAGCUGUGCUUAAAAAUGAUUCUCAUACCUUCCAAACAUCACCCAAAUCUAGUGGCACUCCUUCAAAUUCAUCAGAGACACAUGAGGCAUCAUGUCUCCCCAAAGUUAUAUUUGAUAAUUCUUUCACUGGCCUGUCUCCAAGCGGUAGAUCUCAUGACGAUAAAGAUGAGUUGCUAUUGCCAGAGUUUAAUGAGCUUCUGAAGGAAUUCGAUUUGGCCGCCACAAAGGCUGGUAUUUCUCCAAGGAAAGAUGUAGAAACGCCAACGCCAAAUGCAGGAACACCCAGAGGAUAUACAUGUGAUGAAAGGGAAGACCACGAACAAGAGAUUAAGAACCUUACGAACAUGGUUAAAAUUCUUAAAGAGAGGGAGAGGAACCUUGAAAUCCAAUUGCUCGAGUAUUAUGGUCUUAAAGAGCAAGAAACUGCUGUCAUGGAACUCCAGAACAGAUUGAAGAUAAACAAUAUGGAGGCUAAACUUUUCAGUCUAAAAAUUGAGUCCUUGCAGGCAGAUAAUAGGAGAUUAGAGGUGCAAGUGGCCGAUUAUGCAAAAGUAGUGGCAGAGCUUGAAGCUGUGAAAGCAAAAAUAAAGAUUCUCAAGAAGAAGCUUAGGUCUGAAGCUGAACAAAACAAGGAACAGAUCUUAACCCUUCAACAAAGAGUCAUGAAGCUGCAGGACCAGGAAAACAAUGCUGUUGCAGGUGAUCCGGCAGUUAGUUUAAAGCUUCAAAGACUAAAGGAUUUGGAGGAGGAGGCGGAGGAAUUGCGGAAGUCUAAUUAUAGCUUGAGGCUUCAAAAUUCUGAUUUGGCUCAGAGGUUGGAGAAUGUUCAAAUUCUUGCAACUUCUGUUUUGGAAGAUGAAGGGACAGAAGCAUUAAAGGAGGAAACCCGCUGCUUAAGACAACGGCAUGAAGAUUUAACAAAGGAGAUUGAGCGACUCCAAGUUGAUCGGUGCUCUGAUGUUGAAGAAUUAGUCUAUCUCAGAUGGAUAAAUGCUUGCUUACGAUAUGAGCUGAGAAAUUAUCAGCCCGAUCAGGGCAAAACAAUUGCUAGGGACCUCAGUAAAACAUUAAGCCCCAAGUCAGAAGAGAAAGCCAAGCAGCUAAUUCUUGAAUAUGCAAAUAAAGAAGGCCAGGGGGAAAAUGGGAUAAAUAUUGUGGAUUUUGAUUAUGACCGGUGGUCAUCUUCCCAAGCUUCGUAUCUUACAGAUUCCGGUGAGUUAGAUGAUUCUUCUAUUGAUAACUCAUCAGCUAACAAAACCAACACUUCAAGCAAAACAAAAGUUUUCAGUAAGCUCAUGAGAUUAUUAAAAGGAAAGGAAGGUCAUCAUCAUAGUCGGGGUUCAUCUCUGGAAACAACUGCCUGUGUAGAAGAUACAGUAGGAUUGUAUUAUAGUGGCUCUCCAGGGCGCAAUUCUGGUGCUUCGACAGGGAUCGAUGCUGGAACUGAUGGGGGUCAUAAUAGAUUGAGAACUUCAUCCCGGGGUUCAUCUAGAUCUUCUAUGGAUCUCCAAAGAGCAAUGAUUGUAAAAGUGGCAGAUAGCAAUGACUUGGAAGGUGUACUUCAGAGAAACAGUGAUGCGGGGUCAUCAUUUGUUUAUAGAAGAAUCGAUUCCAUUGCAGAAAAUAUUAGUGAUUCGCCCCAAAAAAACCAUCUUCAUGAUCAAGAACAAGAAAACGCUGAGAAAUCUGAAUUGUUGAAGUAUGCAGAAGUUUUGAAGGGUUCUCGUGGUAAAAAAUCAUUUCACAGGAGAUCAGUAUCAUUUAGUUCCUUCUAACAAUUCAUAGCUUCACAGGUUUGUAAUCUCAUAUAUCUGAUUGUAUCUAAGUUGGUAGUUACUCCAUUAUCCUCUUUGUUGAUAGAGAAUGGGGUCAGAAUGUGGUGUGCCUCCAUAAAUGGCCCCACAGUCAGUUAUAAGAUCACCAUAAUUGUUUAGGUUUUCUAGUGAUUGUCCUAUGUAAAGCAUAAACUGUUAGAAAGCUAGUUUGUAAACAUAAGGAAGCACUAUAAAUGGAUAUGAGAGUUUUUGAGUUCCUCUGU